UGGAGCGCAUGGCAAGGCAGGUGUAAAGUCACGCCGAAAUUGAUCAUAAAACUAAUUGCGCUUGACCGUAGCAUUGGAGCACACGUGAGUUGCGGUAAAUAAAAUUGAAUUGCAAAUAGUAAUUACAAUUAUAAUGAAUAAAUCAAUAACAAGGAUUCAAUAAAGACGCACAUAAAAGUGUAGGAAACCAACGCACGUAAGUCGCUAAAAUUGAGUGCAAAUUUCUAACAAUAUCACGAAAACAAGGAGUAAGAUGAACUGCCAACGGAGCUCACUGCUACUGCUACUCCUUCUUGUAUUGCUUUGCGUUUGCGCGGAGUGCGAUGCCAAAAAGUGGCGAUCGCACAUUAAGAAGAAGAGUAAUGCACCCAAAAUAUCAGCCACCUUCCGCACAGUGCCACCGAAACGCAAGUCAACAAUGCCGAAACAUCACGCAGCGCCACAUAAACGUAACCCGAAAAUGAACUACUAUCAUCCGUUGCCCUCAAAGUGGCCCACCCAUAUGUCCAGCGCAUUGCCCUCGAACUACUACUUGGCCUCGUCGUAUUACCCACGCUGGCGUUCCUACCACACAGCACCGUCGAAGUCGGCACUCAAGAAAAUUGAUUUGACGCCACCAUUUACGCCUUUGCCCUUUGGUGGCUAUUCAAUGCCACUGCGGCGCUCGGAUGAUUUUGAUGUUUCGGACAGCAGCAGCGAUGCUUUGCCGUCCACCACUUUGGUGGACAUGAGUGCCUUCAAUGCUGCAAUGUCUGAUGGUUUCUUCGAUACUGACUUACCACAUUCUACCACUAGUGGUGAGUUUAUGCCACCGGAAAUAUCGUUAGGCGGCUGGACACCGGUGGAUUACAAGUCAUUUAUGGCAGAUGCCGAUUUCAGUCUCUGGAACGAGCAGUUGGGUCUGAAUCGUCGGCUCGAUAUAGAUGAACUUAUGUACAGUAAUCCUUAUGAAAUGCAUUUUAUUUAAUUACAGUUGUUUAGAGUAUCAAAAUCCUUACCUAUGACGUCUCAAAUAAUUACCCCUUAACAUAUUAACAUUAGAAUUAAUUAAACCAAUGACGCAGAAUUUGUUGAAAUAAAAA